AUGGCCAACAGUUUAGCCUUUGUACUUACGCUGACACUUUUCUGUGGGUUGGCAGUUGGCAGCAGGAGAACAAAGUUGUUUUCAGACAAAAGUCAAAAUGGCAUGGCUGCUGCAUUGGCCCCAUCAGUCGGUGAUGGCGUUUGUGCAUCAAUGAUCGAGCCACAAGAUUAUAUCUGCGAAGAACACACGGUGACAACAAAAGAUGGCUAUAUUCUCAGCUUGCAGAGAAUCCCAGUAGGGCGAUCCGGCGGGACUCGAGGAAACAGACCCCCAGUUCUGUUGCAGCAUGGACUACUAAUGGAUGGAAUUACCUGGCUACUGUUACCUCCAGAUCAAUCUUUGGCAUUCCUCUUGGCUGAUAAUGGCUUUGAUGUUUGGAUUGCCAACACUCGGGGAACCAAAUAUAGUCGCGGCCAUGUGUCCCUCAGUCCAGAUGACUCAGCUUAUUGGGAUUGGACUUGGGAUGAGCUGGUCACAUACGAUCUUCCAGCUACCUUCCAGUAUGUUCAUGAUCAAGCAGGACAAAACCUGCACUAUGUUGGACAUUCACUGGGAACUUUGAUUGCUCUAGCUGCCUUUUCAAAGAGCCAGCUGGUGAAUUCAUUGAGAUCAGCUGCCUUACUUUGUCCAAUUGCUUAUGUUGGUCAGUUGUCCUCUCCGCUUGCAAGAAAUGCUGCCAAAGAUUUUCUUGCUGAGGCCUUACACUGGUUGGGUCUCAAUGAAUUUGAUCCAAGAGGGCCAGAAUUGCUGCCUGAAUUCUUCCAUAGUGGAUGUGUUUCUCAGCCACGAGCCUCAAUCAACAGCAACAAAGAACAUGAUCCAUAUCUCUCAGAAGAAGGAACCAUUGCAAUGUACGAUUACGACGACGACGAGAAGAACAGAGAACACUACGGGCAGACAAAUCCUCCAGUGUACAAUAUGACAAGCAUUCCAAAUGACCUCCCUCUCUUCCUCAGCUAUGGAGGAGCAGAUGCUCUUUCUGAUAUUAAUGACGUGCAACUCUUGCUCGAUAGUCUGAAAGAUCAUGAUGGAGAUAAGCUUGUAAAGCAGUACAGAGUCGACUAUGCUCAUGCAGAUUAUGUUAUGUCUGCAAAUGCUAAGCAGGAUGUGUAUGAUCCUCUCAUAGCCUUCUUUAGACUUCAGUAA